AUGGACGAAACUCCCGGCCCUCAACUCUCCAAUCAUGCCGCCACUCUGGCCGCUGCAUCGACUGCUCACUUUCUCUCGAGUCAUUUCGCCUCCGUCGAUACCAUAUCCCGCUCCAACUCUCCCGGCCCACCCUAUACCAAGUCUGACGAGGAUGACAAGAAGCGUUACCGCCCGCGUACCUUUAGCUACUUCAACCACCUGCCCUUCCCCGUCGAGGAGGAGUCGCAACGUGAUGCCGCGCUAGCUGGCAUUCUAAAGCAGCUAUACAUCUCCAUCAAGGCCGAGGAUUUCAGCCCUGGUGCCCUUCACUGGACGAGAGAGCUACAGGGAUGGCUGAACCUCAAGUUCGAGAUGACGCGGGAGCUUCGAGCUACAUUGGCCAAGCUCUACUACCACCUCUGUUUGGCUCCUGGCCUUGAUCCCAGUACCGCCGACCGCUUCCUUCGCAUGGUCGUUGUUCUGACCAGGAAAUACCACUACCUAAAGCCCGUCGAUGACCUCUUGCUCGAUUGGCGUCCUCUCUGGAGGGAAAUCAAGGCCUUGGUGCUGCCCUCAGAGGUCGCUUCACACCAAACGAACCGCCGCCGAUCCCAGAAGCAGCUGUGGAAGCUCUGCCUCCACGCUCAGACUUACUUCGAUCCCAAAGACCGCAAGGAAAUGCUCGAUGAAUUCCUCCCAUACUUCAGCACCUCAGAUGUGUCAAACGCCUACAUUGUCGUCGGAGCCAUCAACGCCCUGCUGCCCACCGAUGCCGCACCCGAGAACGUUCCCUGCUCCCAGCCGCAGUCCUUCAUGCCCACACUCUUUCACCUCUGGUCGUUGAUCGCGCGGUCCAAGAGCUUCGACAUCUUCUUCAUUGAUCUCUACUCGCGCAUGGCAAGGGACUUCUUGCAGUCUUCCCAUACUCCCUUCGAUGCCCACGGCAUCUUCAGCCAAGAACAGUCCGAAUGGAUAUUCACGGCCAUCCUACGGUUGACGGAGAUUCCUGUUGGCCAAUCCAAUUCGCCCUACUCGACGCUGGAUUAUUCAUCUGGUCUCGGGCUGUAUCUCGAGAAGGACAAGAAGAAGUACCCAACGGCGUACAUGAUUGCAAGGUGGAUUGUUUACUCUCUCUCACCCAAGUGCUUGGAGCAGGAGAGUUCUAUCCUCGCAAGCCUGGAGGGUCUAUUGGAGGCAAUCGACACCUUCUACCACCCGUCGAAUGCUGGCUCUUGGACGACAUUCCUCGGCCAAUUCACCGUUUAUCUUACCGACAUCUUCGUUUCUCGCUGGAACCGGGAAAAGAGCGGCGAGCUUGACACACCCGAGGAUCGCAAGAUUACACCAGCCUUGAAGAAGCGCUUCGUGACUGCGCUGAAAGAGGUGACGUACAUGGGGUUGUUUUCCAAAAGCAAUAGGGUCGCCCACUACUACUAUGCCUCGCUUCAGGGCCUGGCUUAUUUGGAGCCAAACCUCAUCCUGCCGGGCGCCCUGCAGCGAUUCUACCCUAGUUUGCAAGGACUGGUUGAAGUCCACCGAACAACGUCUAGUUUGAACGGUCUACAAAUGAUCGCCAAUGUCAUGUCCAAGACCAAGGGCUUCCGAUGCCACAUUACCGCCCUGCUUGCCCUGGCACUUCCGGGCAUUGACGCCAACGAUCUUGGUAAGACACAAUACACUUUAAACUUCAUCCAGAGCGUAGCCUAUAGUAUCCCCAUGGUACCCUUGGUCAAGGAUAACGACUCGGUGCACGACACCAGCUUGGCAAUGCAGUGGGUCCAAGGCGAGAUGGAGCGCAUGGAGCGCGAGGGUCAAGACAUCAAACUAGACUACGAAACCGAGCUCACCGACGAGGAUGAAGCCAACAUUCUCCGUUCUUCAACAGCAGGCCUCGGCGAGUUCGUCAUUGCUCUUCUUGGCAAGGUCUUCACCCUGUUGGAGAACCUGCCGGAUGCUUCUCACAUCAGAGGUGGAACACCGGAGGACAACGUCAUCAAUGCCUUGCCUGCUGCGUUGUCUCCCCUCUUUGCGUCGUUAUCGCCAGAGCUUUUCGACACGGCUCUGGAGAAGCUCUCGUCAUUUGUCUCAACACACGUCGUCCAUCAGGCGAGGGAUGCGAUGGCUUGGAUCCUUAAUGCUCUGUGCAAAGUUAAUCCCGAGAAAACGCUCAAAGUUUUCAUUCCCAUGCUUAUUGUCAACAUCCGCAAUGAAAUUGACUACAACCAUGCCGCUUCAGACCGAAGCAGCGGUACAGACUACCUUCCCAGAGAUCGUGCUCUUGUGUGGCACGUGAGCAUGCUCGGAAUGGCGGUUGUACAUGUGGGUAACGAGGUCCUGAAAUACCAGACUGAGCUCCAUGACAUUGCCAAGUACAUGCAAGAAAAGUGUCGAGGACUUCCAACAAUCCAUAUUUCUAAUUACAUCCACCAUCUUCUGCUGAACCUGACACACACCUAUCCCAUCGACAGCGCCUUGUAUGAGCCCGACAUCAUCAAGCGAGGGCUCGAUGUGGAUGACUGGGGCAAAACCACAUCCCCGGCCGACUUGACGAUCAAGUGGCACCGUCCCUCUGCGGGCGAAGUCCAAUUUGCUGUUGAGCUCUUUGACUCGCAAACCAAGGCCGCCGCGAAGAAGCUGGAUUCCCUUAUGAGCGAGAACCCUCCCGUAAGUCGCAAGGGAAAGAAUAAAGAAUGGUCCGACGAAGUUUCCAGGCUCUUGCAGCAGAUUCGAUUGGUCAUAUCCGGUGUUGCCACCCUGUUCGACCCUCACCGGGCGUCUGGAGAGAGUCCGACUCAAGAUAUGCCUGGGGAAGAUCAAGAUGGCGAUACCGCAAUGGACGACGAUGAUCCUCUCGCUGAAGCUGCUGAAGAUGAGGAGACGCGGCCUCAGUACCGUUACGAUGCCGGCUAUCUCCUGACGGUAGAGGACCCAGCGUACCACAAGCUCCAUGAGUUGAGAGAGGAUGUAGGCCAGCUUCUGUGCCGAACCCACGACUUCCUUAACGGGAACCAGCAGGAUGAUGUUGCCUGCUUCACUGCGCUCUACGCCGCCUACCGAACUUGGAUUACUGAUGUCGGCAUUGAGCGUUCGGCCCACCCCCUGGAGAGACAUCUCCGCUUGUAUAAGUCGGAUAUUUCUGCCUUCAAGAUCAGUGGCCUUCGUAAAGUUUAUCCCCGCCCACUUUUGAUCAAGCGAGCAGACGCGUAUCAAUUAUUGCGUGUUAAACACAAUGCUUCAGCCAGACAAAAGAGCGACCUCGACAAGCGGCUUUUGCUGAAUUUGGCCCAAUCAUCUGUAUCUUCUUAUGCCGAUGUCAGGCGUGUAGCCCAGAGCGCCUUAGAUUCUUCCUUGAAGGCCUUGAUUGGAGGCCGGCCCCUCGUCAUUCCUGUGCUCAUUGAGAGACUCCGCGUUGCCCUUGAUGAAGUUGAUCACGAUCGUAUCAAGGGUGCCAUGUACACUCUGUUCUUCACGAGCCUGCUCAAGACCAUUGUAAAGGACUGGAGGUUCGCUCCGCAAGCCCUCCGGCUCUACUUAAAGGCCGGCACUAUUGAUAAGCCGAGUAUCCAGCAACUUGGCGCCACCGCACUCUUCCCCUUGCUGGAUUUCGGAAAGCCAUUUGAGCGGAUGAUCAUUGUCAACCAGGAUCUGGUGGAGCAGAUCCGCCCAUCGGAAGACUGCUCCCAUUCUAUUGACAGCCGCCAUAAUUUCAUCGUUCAGCGGCGAGAACGUGUCGAGAAAAAGAAGGCCGCCUUGGGUCUAGAACUCACGGAAAUUGCCAAGGGCUCUCAUUGGAAGAUCGCUUCACGCUGCGUCAUCUUCGCAACGAACCUUUGCUUGAGAUUUGACACCCUGGCGCCACCUGAGUUCAUUACACUUGUCACACAAGGGACAAACGAUACUCACCCUGGCCUCAGAGCUAGUUACAUGUCGGCAUUCACUUCUGUAUUCGAGGCUGUCGAGAUGCGCGCGGCAUACGAUCAUGACUACCGCAAUUAUCUGCUUGAGAAGGAAAAGGACCGCAACAAGCUGACAAUUGAGGUGACAAAGGGCGAUGCCGCCUUCACUCAGAAGUACCUGGAUGCAUUUGCCACCACUGAGAACGCCGAAUACAUGGUCGACUCGGAUCACCCUGGUUGGCUUGUAUGGGGCAAGAAGUUCCUUGCCUCCCGUGCCCAGCCUCUCCCCUUUACGGACUACGACGAACGGGAGUCGGCCGUUCGGGAGCAGAUUGGCAAGAUGCUUACACGCGACUGGCUGAAGACGUGUUUUGAUUACCUCAAGCAAGAGCCGCGUGAUGCGAACGCUGACCGAUUCCGAAUGGGCAAUGUGUACAUGCUCAUGCACGUGUUUGACCUGAUGCACUACGGAGGAACCGCCAUCACGCUUGAUGAUGUCAAGGAAAUGACCACUGAAGUAUACGGGGACGGCAGUGACAAGCAUCAGCACCGAGCGACGUCCGAAAUCCUCGCGGCGCUGAUGGCUGGCUCCAGUGACGACCCACCCGAGUUUAGAAACAAUGUGUGGGGGUUCGCUGCGCAGCUUAUGCUCAAGAUCCUGAACGAGGACUUGACGCCGGAGAACCUUCAGUACUGGGUCUCCUGCCUUCAUCUUACCGUGGAUCCAAAGGACCCCCGUCGCUCACACGAGCUGGUUGAUACCCUAAGCUCCUUUAGGUUGGAUAUGUCAUCCAACGCCGCCUUCAAGGAGUCAAGCAAGGUACAGGUUCUCGAGUUUAUCAUUACUGACUCUGGAUGGCACUUCCGCCAUGAGAAGCCGAUUCUGGAAGACUUCCUGGCACACAUUGACCACCCCUACAAAACCGUACGUGAGGCUAUGGGUAGAGUCAUUGCUACCAUCUACCGUACUCGGUACCACGAGUCAUUUGAGAACGUCGACCGUCUGCUAGAGGCCAACAAGGAGGCCUCUUCUCUCGGUAUCCGUCCUUACCAGCCCACCAAGGAGUUUUCGGCAACCAUUCUCGAAAUCUUCAACCGUCUUGAGAAGUGGCGCCACGAGCGCACACCAGGCCAGCAAACGCCGUCUUCUUACACUUCCGGGUCGAAGACGGUACUCACUUGGUUGGACAGCACACUGUCAUCGCAGGAGUGCACGCAGCUCAUGCCGUUCUUCCCCGAACCCUUCAUGGAGCAGCUCCUUCACAUGAUGGACGUCAAGGAAGAUCCUGAAUUGAUGCGUCUCGCUUACCACGUAUACCGCCACCUGCCUAACAUCCCCUUCCGCGUAGGAGAGGAUGGUCCGUUUAUCGACGCGUUGGUCCGGAUCGGCAAGUCUGCUGUGAGCUGGCACCAGCGUCUGCGGUCCAUGGUCAACAUGCAGGUGAUUUACUUCCGCCGCUUAUUCCUCAUCGAGAAGAAGCAGAGAGAUAUCUUGUUCAACGCCGUGAGCGACAUGCUGGCCGAUCCCCAGCUUGAGGUGCGCUCUUGCGCAUCCGCCACCCUGGCCGGCAUGAUCAGAUGUUCCCCGAAGCGGAUCCGUGACCCUACCAUUCAGCUAUUGAAGAAACGAUAUGAGGACGAACUCCGCCUGAAUCCGAUGCCUAAGCGCAAGCUCCCGGGCACCGAGACGCCCGUAGACACCACCAAGCAGAUCGUUCGUCGUCAUGCUGCUGUUCUUGGGUUGGGUGCGCUCAUUGAGGCGUUCCCGUACGCCACUCCGCCGCCGUCCUGGAUGCCCGAGGUUCUCCAGAUCCUCGCGACUCGGGCUGCCAGCGAUCCGGGUGUAGUUGGUAAGGCCACCAAGGCGAUUCUCUCCGACUUCAAGAAGACGAGACAAGACAGCUGGAGUGUCGACCAAAAGUAUUUCACUCAAGACCAGCUCGAAGACUUGGAGGGCGUGCUUUGGAAGAGCUAUUUUGCGUAA